CGAAUGAAAAAUAGCUAGCAAAACCCUCUCCUGGUCUCUCAAGAUGAUCAAAACCGGGUGCCCAUAGCAGAGGCUAGGGAUGGGUGAAGUGAUGAGUAGCCGCUAGAGCAGCAAGCAAGAAAAGAAAAGAAAAAAGAAAGAAGCACACAGAAAUAACCAUGUAUAAAUGGCCUCACUAAUUGCGCCCAUCUUCUCCGCGUAGUUUCCACCUCAGUCCCAGCAAGCUCCUUCACUCCUCCGGGGCCUCAUUCAAGUCAAGCAGCCGAGAAGCGAAGUGAAGCCGAGCCGGAAGCUGAAGCAAUGGGCGACCGGGCGUACGCGCCAGGAGCCAAGCCGGUCCCCGUGCGCGCCACCAACGGCGCGGCGAACGGCGUCGGGGCGCCACGGCCUGCGCCGCCGCCAAUGGUGCCCGGGCGCGUGCCACCGCCGCCGAUGUACCGCCCCAAGCCUGCGCAGUCGCGCCCACCGCCGCCGCGGCCCCGGCGGAGCGCGCGCGGGUGGUGCUGCGCGUGCUGCCUGUGGCUGACGCUGGUGCUGGUGGGGCUGGUGUUCCUAGGCGCCAUCGCGGCGGGGGUGUUCUAUGUGAUGUACCACCCGCAGCUGCCCACCUUCGCGGUCACCUCGCUGCGGCUGGCAGCGCUCAACGUCUCCGACUCCGACGCCGUCACCUCCCGCAUCGAGUUCACCGUCACGGCCCGCAACCCCAACGACAAGAUCGCGUUCGCGUACGGCGACAUCACGGCGGCGUUCUCCGCCGACGGCGAGGGCAUCGGCGACGGCGUGGUCCCGGGGUUCCUCCACCCCGCGGGGAACACGACCGUCAUCCGCGCCGCCGCCUCCGCCACCGCCGCCACGGUCGACCCCGUCGAGGCGUCCGCGCUCAGAUCCAAGAAGUCCCACGCCAUGUCCGUGCAGAUGGACUCGAAGGUCGGGUUCCAGGUCGGGCGGUUCAAGUCGAAGCGCGUCAACGUCCGUGUCCUCUGCGCCGGCUUCUCCGCCGGGCUCGCCAAGCCCACCGCGCCCGCCCCGGCGCCGAUCGUCGAGGUCGCCGCCGCGCCGGCGCCGGCGCCGGCGCCGGCCCGUGCCCGUGUGCGGUCGCCGCGGUCGGUGGUCCGGACCUCCUCCUCCUCCUCCUCGUCCGGCGGCGGCGGGAAGCUGACGACGACGGACGCAAAGUGUAAGCUCCGGCUCAAGAUCUGGAUUUGGACGUUUUGAUGGAGAUUUGGGUGGAUUUGGGCGGGUGGGCGGUAGAGAGAAAAUUUUCGUUUCAACUUUUUUUUCCUUGUUUCUCUUUACAGCAGUAACAGUGUAUGUGGAUUUAUUGGAGUAUAGUUUAUAUGGUUUUCGUCC